AUGACACAAGGCUUCAAUGGCACAGAGGCCAAGGGAUGGACUCAUGGGGUUGACCGACCGUAUACUUUUUUUUCCCACGAGGUCCUGGAAGCCAUUUCGACGAAAAUUCGGUCCAGUAAGUCACUUGACCAAGACGUUCUACUUCCGAAGGUGAUUUUGGGGCCAAUCAAGUAUCAAGACAACUUGGAACAUUACGAAAACAACGAGACCGAAACUCUCCUUGAUUCAACGCAACAAAUACCUCGACCUUUAGUAAUGGAAUCUAAUCCUGGGGUUUUUAGUGGAUACUACAUGGUUCCACCUUUGCUGUUCAACUUGAAGCUGAAAGACUCGUCCAAUUUUACUCAGGUACACCAAGAUCCAGCAAUCCCUAAAUUCGUUUUGCAAAAUCAUUUCGAAGUUGGUGAGUUUGCCUAUUGCUUCGGAGGACUUUACACUGAUGAGCUGGUGAGUUUGAGCAGGUUAGGAAUACCAACCAACACUGAUCUUUCAAGAAUCCUGGUCUACCUUCCUUGCGAUUUUCCACCGUUCAUUGACCGACGACUUCUUUCUAAUCCCUACCUCGUGCAAAACACUCAUAUGGUGAAGUUUUCGAAAAUACGCAAUACCUUUUCUUUUUUGAAGGAUUUUUCUACGGAAAAUGUCCCGUCUCACUAUAGUGGUAUGACAGCCGUUACAAUUAGUGAUCAUCAUGUCUUCUUUUAUGGGGGAUUCACGUUGAACACUGAUAAGGUGACAUUUGACCGAGGCCGUGAGCGCUGGCUUGUUUACAAAUCAAUUGACUUCAACCAAAAUGGAUACAUUUUGGACGUGCUUACGAUGUCAUUUACCCUAAUCAAACUUGAUUUGAAACUGGAGCAUAAUCAAUCUAUCAAUAUGGCAAGAAUUGGCCUGCUGAUUUUUGCUUGCCCAUGGAAUCCUGAUGUGUCAAACGAGCUUCCUGAUCGCAUGCCUCUGCCAAUCUUCAGCGACUCUUCAACGCCGGCACCUCAUGGCGCAAAAUCGACGCAACAACUGAAUAAAAGCUCCCCUGUUAGCUAUUCACAUGAUGAUGAGAGAACAGCUAGCUACAGUAAGUCUUCAUCUACCGAAAACCAAGGACCGACGUUGUCACAGGCGCCUGUUGCUACAUAUGUAACGCAGAAGUCUAUUCACCUGAACAAGAGUGGUUCUCUGAAGACAUCACUGGAUAACGACAAAUCAACCUCCACGAAGCAAAAACCUUCUUUAGAUGCGGAAGUGACCGACUCCGCGGAUCUGAUGAAACUUCUGGAUCGUUCCCCAACCUCUGACAAGCUAUCGAAGCGCAUGCAUAAAGCUUCUAGUUCCAAUUCCAUCUCAUCGAGUGACGGGAAGAGCGAUUUAGAGCGUUCUGGGUCAACUUUGACCAACGAUUCAACGAACUCUUCGCUGAAUGACAGUACAAUCAGCAAGUAUUUAUCAGGGUUCCGUCUGCAUCUGGCUAGCACAGUGACAAAUGAAGCUCAAUCCAAGGUUCUGAGUAUGUUUUCCAAGCUGACGCGCAUUUUCCAUCGUCACCAUGCGUCAAAUACGAAAUCUCCAUUAGCAAAAGAGGUGCUGCUGCGCAGUGAAAGUCUGCGUCGUCGCCAACUGGAUUCGAGGUCAAAACCUGUAGCGCAUGAGAGACACAAACGCUACCCAAGCAACUCCCAUAACUCGCUUCAACGUCAAAAGUCUCGAACCUCUACAGUCAGUACUGCGUCCACAGGGCUGCAAGAGUCUCCACAGCUGCCGCAAGCCAUCCAUGCUGCACCUUCGACACCUUCAACGAUCAACAUUCCAUCGGAGGAACCUCUUGAAGAUCACACACCCGCCCCGGCGCCUACAAUUACGCCAUCGAACGACACCAGCGAGGAAUCAGGGAUGAUGCGUGCGCCAACAAAUGAAUCUACGAAGGCCAAACCUUCUAUUGAGUCGGUGAUAGGGAAGCCAAAAAUAUCCACACCCAAACCGAGAACUAAUCCUGCUCCAUUUUUGGAAGAAAGCGCGUUAUUGAAUACUCAGAUUUUCACUUUGACGAUGUAUGUAUUUGGUGGAUUCGUACCACAAGUGGAUGAGUUUGGCUACACUUACUAUAAGGCGUCAAAUGAAAUGCUACGCAUCGAUUUGCCUUGUGAGGACAAUCAGCGGGUCAAAUUUGAUUCAGAGGCUCUUGUGUGUCGUGUGGAGCAAUCUCCCGGUCUGUUGUGGCCCCUGCCCCGAGGAUAUUUUGGAGGCACACUCAUCAACAAGAACAUUACGGGGAGCAAGUGUUCCAACAAGGGAACGGCUAAAACUACUUUCGGGCCCGGACCUACCUCUCAUACCACCUCUGGAGGGCUUAGCGAAGAUGAGUCGAAUCACUCCCUCACACUAAAGGAUAAGCGAAUAUUUAUUCAUGGGGGGGUUGAUGAGAAUUACAACCUGUUCAGUGAUAUAUUUAUUUAUGACAUUGAAAGUGGUUCAUGGGAAUUGAUGAAAACAUAUAUCUUUGAUACGUAUCAGCAGGACAAGUUGCCUUCAGAUGACGAGCCUCCAACGAAUUUCAAACGUGGUGACGAAAAGGCAAGUCCUCCAAUCGUGGAAGCGGAAUUACGAGCAUGCCAUCAUUUUGCCAUGUAUCACACGCUGAAACAACAGGACUUGGUGAUAUUUUUUGGCGGCUUUCGGAACGAAACUUUACGUUACUAUGAUCAACUGCCGUACGAAAGUCCUAAAUUUGAUGUGCUGCGACUUAGCAGGUUUCCUAUCAUUGUUAACAACUCAAACUUGUUACAAGUCCCGGUAUUGGAUUUACGUACACAAACCUGGAGAUAUAUGAAGUAUUACUUCGAAGUCAAAGAAACUAUAACGAAUCAAUUUGCGGACCAGGUGACAGGGCUACCUUAUUUCUAUGGGUGUCAUAUCAAUAACUUCGGUGGUCACAUAUCGAUCUACAAGAAGCAAAUUACGUUAUAUCAUGGGCUUUUCCAUCUCUCACCUGUUCACCAAGCUGAUAUUGCAAAGUUAGACUCGAGAUACCCAUCCACUCAAUCAUUGUGGGGUGCAGUAAGUCGAUUCAACUUUCCUAGCAUGUAA